CAAAUAAAACACAAUUCCAUUUUUAUACUAUAUAACCAGUUGGAUUAUUUCUGAGUAACUCAUUAACUUGUAUCUAGAUUAUAUUCUAGCACACGGAGGGCCCAAAAGAUAAGUAUUACCCAGUCCAUUAAACUGAAUGUAAAGGCCCACGAAGAGUCCACAACCUGUUAUGUGGGGCCCAAAGACCCAAAUCCUUCAUCGGUUUUCAUAAAAAGUCAAAAAGAAGAACCCAGAAGCUUUUCAAGCAGACGUGUAUACGCUUUCAUGGCUUACGCCCCAAGUCAAAACCAAAGCUAUAUAUACUCCCCCCAAAAAUCCCCAAUGCACAAACAAAAUCACAAUUUAUCUAUUUCACUUUCUUCAACCAUUAAAUUGUUCUUGAGAUCAAGAGAAUACCAUAAUACCAUGGCAGGAACAGAAGCUUUUCCCGAUUUAGGCAAGCACUGUCAGCUUCCCGAUUGCAAUCAGCUCGAUUUUCUCCCAUUCAAAUGCGAUGGCUGUGAAAAGGUUUUUUGCGUUGAACAUCGAUCGUACAAGUCACACGAAUGUUCAAACUCGGAUUACAACAGUAGAAAAGUAUUGGUAUGCGAAACAUGUUCGAUGUCGAUGGAGAUUCCGUUAAGCAGAAAAGGAGGAGAAGAUGAGAACGUUUUGAUUUUGGAAAAGCAUCGGAAAUCUGGAGAUUGUGAUGCGAAGAAGAAGAAGAAACCCACGUGUGGUGUUAGGCGGUGUAAAGAGAUUCUUACCUUUUCAAACACGAGUACUUGCAGGUCUUGCGACGUAAAAUUCUGUUUGAAGCACCGGUUCCAAUCCGAUCACGCCUGCAAAAGUCACAACUCGCCGGCGGCGGCUGCUGCUGCCGGCGGUGGUGGUGGUGCACGGCCGUUUUUGGUUGCUUUGGCUUCGAGAAUGGGGAAAGAUUGUACGAAGAAAACUGGUGGUUCUUCUUCAUCGGCUUCUACACCUUCUACAUCUGUUAAAGCUUAUUGAAUUUGUUGAUAAUAAUAUUGUAUUGUUAUAGUUUUUAUCUUUAAAACGUUUUCGUUUGUGUUUUUGUUUAUUGUUUUCCUGGAAGAUAAGCUAAAGAAAAGAGAUCAAAUACACAACUAGACUGAAGAUUGAUGAUAUAAUAUGAUAUAUAAUCAUUUAACAUUUAACAUAUAAAUAUACAUGAACGAUUGCUUGUUUUGUUUGGAAAAAAAAAUUGGGCAACUACAUGUUUGCUGUCAAUUCUUUGAUUUCUUCCAAGGAAAUAGCCUGCAUCAUCCAAAUUCCAAAAAUCACAUGAGAUAGGGUUCAUAAUGAAAUUUAUGAUUUUCGUUUUUUUUCGAAAUAUGCAACUAUUUUUAUUUUAGGACCAAAGAUUGUUAAAAUGAAACACCGAUAUAUAAAAUAUAAAUUGGUGAAAAAAAAAAGUGAAAUUUUGAUGCAUAAGUUUGUCAAAAUGACAUUUAAGAUUGUAAUUUAACCUGUUCGUCGCCAGCAAAAUCGUUAUCAGGCGUGAGAAAAAGCAUGCAAUGGCACUCCUUCCUAAGAAUUUACAAACAAAUAAUGAAAUAAUCAAUGAUAUAUUAUAUCUAGAAUUAAAUCAAUGAUCAUUAUAAUUAAGUUUCAUAUCAUUAAAAAAGCUUAAAUCAUGUAAAUGUAAGUGCUUACAAAUGAAGGGAUUUUUACCUUUCUCUCAUGGGUACACAAG